AUGAAUGCGCGGAGGACUGGGGCAUAUCAUUUGGGGGCUCGUCCGGGAUCACCCCAAGCCCACCAGACCCCAAGUCAACGGGUCGUCCCUGAGACCGAUCAGAUACAGAUGGGCCAAUCUCAAAGCACUCCCCUUUCUCUCCUCAUUGCUAACUUCAGGGAUGUUAGAACCAGAGGACAGAAUUUGAGUCUAGACAUCCAGAGGGGAAAAUUAAUAACCCUCUGCCAUUCCGAAUGGCCAACCUUCGGCAUUGGAUGGCCAACCGAAGGAACUUUUUGCUUCCCUAUAAUCGCUAAGCCCACCUGGGACGACUGUCAGCAGCUCCUCCACAUCCUGUUCACUACAGAGGAGCGAGAGAGGAUACAAUUAGAAGCAAGAAAGCUGGUUCCCGGAGACAACAGUCAGCCGACAUCUAACCCUGACCUCAUUAAUGCGACUUUCCCCCUAACCAGACCUCCACAGGACGAAUGGGACUACAACACGGCAGAAGGUAGGGGAAGGCUACUCAUUUAUCACCAGACUCUGAUGGUGGGUCUCUGGGCUGCAGCUCGCAAGCCCACCAAUUUGGCUAAGGUAUAUUCGGUCAUACAGGGAAAGGCAAAGAGUCCAGCUGCUUACUUAGAGAGAUUAAUGGAAGCCUUUAGACAGUUUACCCCCAUGAAUCCAGAAGUCCCUGAGAACCAGGCUGCUGUUGUUAUGUCCUUUGUAAACCAAGCAGCUCCUGACAUUAAAAUAAAACUCCAAAGUCUAGAGGAUUUAGAAGGUAAACAGAUCCAGGAUCUGCUCCAUAUAGCGCAACGGGUCUACAUCAACAGGGACGCCCCAGAAGAGAGACAUCAAGGCCACAGAGAAAUGACUAAAGUCCUGGCCGCUAUAGUCCAGAAAGAACAGCCACCCCCAGAAGGCACUCAAACAACACGCCCUCCCAGGCGGUACUUAGAUAAAGAUCAAUGCGCCUAUUGUAAAGAAAAAGGCCAUUGGAUACAAGAAUGCCCCAAGAAGAAACAACCCCGCCCCAGCCAAGGACAAUGGCAGCCUAAAAUAGCCCCCAUACUGUUUACCCAAGAUACAGAAUAGGGAGGACGGGGUUCAGAUCCCCUCCCCGAACCUAGGGUAACAUUGCAAGUGUAGGGGACCCCGGUCCAGUUCCUACUUGAUACCGGGGCACAGCACUCAGUUCUGGUCAAGCCCCAUAGAAAAGUAUCUGAAAAAUCAUCCUGGGUACAAGGGGCCACUGGAAUAAAGACGUACCCCUGGACAACUCAGAGGACUGUGGACCUAAGAACUGGGAAGGUAACCCGCUCCUUCCUGGUCAUUCCCGACAGCCCCUGCCCCCUGUUGGGGAGGGAUUUGCUUACCAAAAUGGGGGCCCAAACUCAUUUCCAACCAGGGGGAUCCAGCGGGCGCCGCCAUGGCGUCCCGUGGGCAGCUGCUGGGGCACGCAUCCCCGGGGCGCAGACCCGCGCACCACUCGGCCUUGGCGGGAGCCGCCCUGACAGGGCAAAGGGGUCUGGGAGGACUUGCAGGACCAACCAUUAUCAGAUACGGAUGCCAUCUGGUUCACUGAUGGAAGCAGCUUCGUUCACCAGGGACAAAGGAUGGACUGAAGCCUUUCCAACCAAGAAUGAAACGGCGCAGAUUGUAGCCAAAAAGAUCCUAGAAGAAAUCCUGCCCAGGUAUGGUUUUCCAGUAAUGAUAGGGUCAGACAAUGGACCUGCAUUCAUCUCUAAGGUAAGUCAGGGACUGGCUUCCAUACUUGGGGCUGAUUGGAAAUUACAUUGUGCAUUCCGACCCCAAAGCUCAGGACAGGUAGAGAGAAUGAACAGAACAUUAAAAGAGACCCUAACCAAAUUGACCAUGGAGACUGGCGCUAAUUGGGUAGUCCUUCUCCCCUACACUCUGUUCAGGGUGCAUAACUCCCCAUACAAACUGGGACUCACACCCUAUGAAAUAAUGCAUGGUAAACCACCCCCCAUCAUCCCUAACCUAAAAGAUGACCUUGUCAAAACUGAGAACGAUAAUGGUCUUGAACUCUUGCUCUCCCUACAAGCCUUGCAGAGGGUCCAUGAAGAUGUAUGGCCCAAGUUAAAAGAACUUUAUGACACUGGACCCCCGCCUAUUCCUCAUCAAUUCUGACCUGGGGAUUGGGUCCUCAUCAAACGUCAUUGGCAGGAGACUCUGGAACCCAGGUGGAAAGGACCCUUCCAGGUCAUCCUGACAAUGCCUACGGCCAUCAAAGUAGACGGAAUCACCUCCUGGAUCCAUUACACCCACGCCAAACCAGUGGACCCGUUCUCA